UGUUUCCAAAACGUUAUCGAUAAUAGCUAAUCGUUAUCGUCGUUUUCAUAUAUGCUCCUCCACCUUCCAUAAAUAAAAAAAAAGAAUUUUUCGAGAAACAUGUUGGAAGGGUGGUAUUGUCGGUCCCUAGCCAACCAGGAAGGCGCCGUCAAAGAGGAGCCCCAGCCGGACAGCGAGGAGGAGCCAGCGCCGCCGGUAGGGGGCCGUUCACAGGUGGCUGUUAGAGGAGGAGUUACCGCCAGCUCUUCCUCGGCGUCUGCGGGAACAGGAACGGCCGCAGUGGAUUAUAAGGAGCGCUACAAGAAUCUGAAAAAGAAGUUAAAGUUUCUUAUCUACGAGAACGAGUACUUCCAGGAUCUGCUGCACACAAAUCAACGGCGACUGUUAAAGGUCUCGCGGGAUCGCACUUUCCUUUUGGACAGGCUACUGCUGUACGAGAAGCCCGCCAAGGACUCUAGCGACAGCGAUGCCACCGACAGCUCGGACUCGGAGCCGGCAUCCACUUCCGGGGCGCCUGGAGGCUCCCAAACACCCAAAGAAGCCAUUCGCAAAAAGCACAAGGACAAGGGAGGUCCUGGAAUUCCGGGCAUGUCUCCGCAUAUGACCACAGUGGGUGCUACGCGAGGCAGGAGACGCAAAAUUUUGACUGGAAUGCAUCCCUCCAACCAAGGAAUGCAGGCUGCAGCGAAGAGACAGCUUACUGCCACAGUUUCCCCCUCUCAGCAACAGCAACUAAUGCAAAUCACCACGGUACCCAAGGCUGUCUCUCCUGGCCUGAGUACAGCGGAGAUUGCACGUCAGCUGCAGGAGCGACGGCCAACACCAAUAGAGCUAAUGAGUCAAGAGUGCACCUCGGCCACAGUGCCCACAACCAUGCUUAGCGAUGAAAGCCCCUCGAAAUGCUACUCCAAUGAGACGCUACAUCACCUGAUGGGAGAACAUUCGCCGUCACAUGAGGUUGCUGCCGAGGAGUGUGUGCCGAUGGAGUACACCAGUUAAUAAUAAAACAGCUCUAUCAUAUACAAUUUUCCUUAGAAAUUAAACUAACUAGAACCACA